AGCCCCUUUCCGAGCAGGAGCGUGGCGAUCAGCAUUAGGAUGACGUUCAGGAAUGUCACGGAGACCAAGACGCCUAUGGAACGAACAGGUGAGCGUCAUUUCGAUGCGCUUUUGUCAGUCAAUCAGUUUGUUUGUUUAUUGCGAGUGGCAUUUCGUCAGUUCGUUUGUUUGUUUGUUGGAGGUGGUGCCUCUCGAAAUUGUCGAUCGUGAUGUUAAGGUAUGUUGCAUGCAAUACCUGUAUUGUUUUUGCUCAUCUCGACGUUGAAGGAGACGAGCAGCGAUCCGAUCGUCCACAUUAUCGCGCUCAGAGCGUUGUACUCCUCGGAGCGGCGUCCUUCGCUGCUGCCGUCGCCGUACAUCGAGCUCGGAUCCUUCACCAAAACGCAACUUACUGAACUCAUUUUUGAUUGAUUCCGUUCUCUUUGUUUUUCUUUUCUUUUAUAAUUUUGCCCGAUUCACGACGACGACGACGACGACGACGAUGGCCACGAAGGAUAGGGAAGGGAAGGAAAAAGGGGACACACUAAACCGGAAACGUUUUGGACGUCAAAAAAAUACAAACAUUUGAAGCGACGCGCCAUUCCAAGGCCAUGUUGAAUUACGUUUUCUUCAAGAGCUGCCACCAUCGGAGCAGGUGGAUAGCAAACGUUUGCAGGUGGAAUGUUUUCAACAUAUCUGCAACUUAUGCGGCCAUCCUUGGUGUCCUAGGAGUGGUAGGAGCGCAUAUUACUAUAUAAUUGCGUUGAUGUUUCUGAAUUAAUUGCAGAUUCUAAGCCUGUACCAGAUAAUUCAGAUCAUGGUGUGCGGACCGAAGCUGCCGUGCAACCUGCUGACCACGCUGAAAUCUACGAGACUCAUCGGCAGCGGUACGGAGCGCGACCUGAGACUCAUCAGCCUGGUGCUUUCGAUGGAGUAUUACAUGCUGCUGGUCGUCGGGACGGUGCUGAGAAACGGUGUCUUCUUCCUGCCGUGGUUGAUCUUCUACUCGAUCGUCAUUUGCCUGGAGUUCCUGCUGUUCGUGUCGCGCUCCUGCUCGGACGGCAUCAUCAUCAGAAAGCAGUCGGCCGUACUCGCCAUCUUCGUCGUCUACAAUUGGCUGGCAAUCUUCUGCGCCUUUCUCCAUAUCAACGGCGGCCACUGUUGAAUU